UGAACCAGGGCAGACAGAUAGAGAGACAGUGAGUCGGACAGCCUGAGUGACGAAGGGGAAUCAAGCUUUGGACAAACCACUGCACCGCACACUCCAAACAAGAACUGUUGUCUUUUAGAAAAAAGAAAAGAGUGAAGAAAAGAAAGAGGCAGAGUCAUUGUGGAUCAUUUUCAGGGGGAAUAUCCUGCACCACAACUUGUUUGUUUUCUCUUUCUUUCUCUUCUUCUCUCUCCUCUCAGAUCUCGAUGCUUUGCUUUGGGAUUUGUGCUUCAAAUCCAUCGAAUUCCUCUUUUGAUCUUUCUCUUUGUCGUCUGAAACACUUUGAGUUACAAAUCUUUUCCAGAACUUUGCAACCCAACAUACUGAGACAGACGUUUGCAGAAUUUCACUUGGACUAAAAGUUGAGGCCGAGCCCGGUUCUGGAAUGAAUUUAACCGAGCCCAGCUUGUCUAGAGAGACUCUUCUGCAUCCAAGCCGGGUGUCCCUCGGGGGCCCCUGGACGUCCAGAACCCCGAGUCCUGCUUCUGAUUCCGAAAUGGGUUUUGAGCAGACCCUCUCUGGGGAUUGCAGUUCUCCCGAUGUCCUCGGACCCGGGAGCAUGAGGAGAGCAGAACCGAGGAUUUCUCUGACACCCAGUUCAGGAGGACAGAGUCCGGACCUGACCCAGGCAGGAGGUGUGUCAGCUGACGGGAAGGCCGUGGCAGCUGAGCAGAGGAUCCGAAGGCCCAUGAAUGCCUUCAUGGUGUGGGCUAAAGAUGAGAGGAAGCGACUGGCCCUGCAGAACCCUGACCUGCACAAUGCUGUGCUCAGCAAGAUGCUCGGUCAGUCAUGGAAGGCCCUGAGCGCCACAGACAAGCGACCAUUUGUGGAGGAAGCAGAACGACUCCGUGUUCAGCACCUCCAGGAUCAUCCAAACUACAAGUACAGGCCUCGCCGAAAAAAGACCACCAAGAAACUCAAGCGGGUUGAGCCGGGGCUUCUGCUUCACAGCCUGGCCCAGGGUGGUGCACCAGGCCUUGGAUUAGGUCCUGGCCUCAGCCCUUUGGGUGCAGAAAGUGUCUCCGGAGGUUCUGCAUAUGGACAUCCAGGUGCUCACCACCAUCACCCCCACCACCUGCUGCCCUCUCUGGGGCACUUCAGGGACCUCCAGGGUCCAGGACACCCAGAGCUGGAGAGCUAUGGCCUGCCCACUCCAGAGAUGUCCCCUCUGGAUGUUCUGGAAGAUGGAGCCGGGGAAUCUGUGUUUUUCCCCCAACACAUGCAAGAAGAGGUGGGGAUGGGAGGUUGGAGCGGGUACCACCACCACCUUCACCCUCAUAACCAACAUUAUAGCCAUCACUACAACAACCAUAGUCACCAUAACUCCAUACACGGUGCGACACAUGGUCAGGGUUCAGGAAUGAGUGUUGGUGCCAGUUUAAGCACCAGUAUGAGCUCCAGUUUGAGUCCAGGUAGAAGUUCGAGAAUUGACUCUAGAAUGAGUUCCGUUGAGUCAAACAUGAACUCGAGCAUGAGCUCUGUCACUUCAGUUUUGGUCAAUUCGGUCAACUCCAGAUUAAAUCCUACUCAUGCCUCCAGUCACCACAUCGCCUUAAGGAGUCCUGUAAAGUGCCCACCAUCUCUAUCCACCUCCCCCACCCCUGUUUCCUUCGCCCAGCCCUCCAUCAGCCUCUCUGAACCAAUAAAAUGCCACCAAACGCCCCUGAGUACUGCCCCUGCUAGCUACUUCAGUCAGAUGUAUGGGAACAGCGCCCCGAAUGCUACCCAUUUCACCCCUUCUCACCUGGGGCAGCUUUCCCCUCCCCCAGAAACCUCUCCCUCCUCCUGCUCAUCCUCCAUCCCCUCGUCAACUUUCCUUCCCCCUGUGCACUUAGACCCUUCAAACCCCGAGUCCUCUGGCCAUUUAGGCUCUUCCUCUGCUGAGUUUUGGUCCGAGGUGGACAGGCACGAAUUCGACCAGUAUGUGAAUAUUGGAAGGAAUCGAGAGGAGGCCUUCGGACUUGGUGGGGUCUGUGGGGGUGGGUCCAAAGUCCUGGGUGGGCGCAGUAGCAAUAGUAUAGGUGGUAGUAUUAAUAGCAGUGUUAGCAGUAUUAUUAACAGGGAUGUCAGCAUUAUGAGUGGUGCUAAUGGAUGUGAUGAAGGAAGCAGCCCUCUUAUAUCUGCUCUUUCUGAUGCCAGCAGUGCUGUCUAUUACAGUGCCUGUAUCACUGGAUAAAUAUCUCAUAUGUACCUCCUUGCAUACUGCACAGUUUGGUUUGGUUCAUUUGAACCAUCGUUAAUAUGAUAGGGAGGAAGCAUGAGGAAGGUUAGUUUUGGCUCAUACUUUAAAUCAAGUCAUUGUCAUGUUUUGUUUAUCUCCCAUAGAUUCCAACUCUAAUUUAAAAAGUUAAUUUGUCUCUAAAUCAAAGGUUAUUGGAGCUGUGUAGAACCAACAGUCACAGUUUUUUUUUAAAUUUUGCAAACUGGAAAACACAUAACUGACAAAUAAGGCACUGUUAUUGAAGUAAAAAUAUAUAUAAAUGAUAAUUGCUUAUAUUUAGAUUGAUUAAUGAAUUCUUCAACAUGACAUUGAACAGCUACCUAGCUAGCUAACCAGUUAUCCUUGAGAGCUACAGGCUACAGUCGUUCACUUAGUCAGCAUAGAAGAUCUCGAUCAAGAUAUUGUCUGAAGAUUUAAAUGAACAGUAGAGAGAAAAAACAUGUUGGUAGUGCAUUGAUCUGCUUAGAUGCUGCAAUAGUUUGACUCGAGGUGUUUCUACUCAAGGUGGGCAGAUACAGAUAAUUGUUCUGGUGGCUGCAUAGUGGGGAAGGAUUCAUGGAUGUGGGAUAUCAGUGAGUGAUGAAGCACCUUUGAUCAAGACAAAGCUCCUACCUGUUCCAUUUAUUUUUUUCCCUGCAUUCUAAACCCACUGGUGACAGUACAUGCUAUAUGAAGAUUAUGCUAGCAAAAUGAUUGCUUUCAUUGCACUGUGCGUACUCUGGGCAUCAGAAAAUUCCAUGUUUUCGUAAAUCAAAAUUUCAAGAUCAUCUCAUAUUAUUGUUGAAAUUUCAUCUCAGGAGCGAGCUCACAUUCAUCUCUUCUGAACUUCAUAAAGGUCAGAUGAAUUUAUCUCAAAUAAAUGGUAAAAUGAAGCACAAUGAAGGACAAACUCGGGAGAUGAAGAGAGAGAAUAAAGACUUGAUGGGAGAGACUUGGUCCAGCCUCCACGUAUCUCUCAGCAGUGUUGUCGGAAAAGCAUGGACCCAGACCAGACCACUGAUGUCUCCCACAAACUAUCAGGAUGUUUUACAAGCCGGGUUGAGUUUUUUUCUGACCGUGAUAAUUGCCAUUCCCUCUCUAUCUCUCAGUCCAUGACAGGGCCUCAUGUCAAACUCCAAGCCAAGAUCUGGAAGUUUUAAGUUGCUUUGCUUCUUGGCAAACAAAGAUAUGUUGAUGAUUAAAAGAUCAUUCUUUUUAACCAGUGAGGCUCUCUGGUAUAAAAAACAUGUCACUUGUUUAAACAAAAUGUAGUUUUAAGUUAAAAAGUGCAAUUCAGCCCUACAAAUAACCGAAGUUUGAGUUCUACAAGUUGAGUGCUAUUGGACCAAGUCUUGUGUGGAAGAUUCUGAAAUAUCAUAAUGUCUAAGGUCUGCUAAUAUGCAAAAUUAAGCAAAAGCAACACCACACUCCCAGAUAUUGGUAAGCACUUUGACCACUCCAGUUACAAACUAUUCUAGAUUUCAUUUAAAAAUGCAUGGAUAAUGGUUCAAGUUCCAGGUCUUAUUGAUUUCUGGAAACCUUGGUUUGAUGUAGCCGUUUACUGUAUAGAUACAGAUGCUAUGCCUCCUGGCAGUAUGUGAAGGAGAAACUGAGACUAUGAAAUGUUCUCUUUGCACUGGGUUUAAUGUCUUAGCUGUAUAGAAGGAACACUACUUAUUAAAAGUCAAAUGUCCAUAAUUUUAAAUAUGUUUUGUACAGAAGGGCCUGUGCUUAUUUUUUGGUGUUUGAUAGAUUCUUAUUUGUUCUUAAAGUAACAAUUCAACAUUUUAAGGAAAAUAUGCUUAUUCUCUUCCUUGGUGAGAGUGAGAUGAAAAGGUCAAUAUCACUCUCAUGACUGUGUUGAGUAUGAAGCUGGAGCCCAGAGGCGAUUAGCCUAGCUUAGCAUAAAGACAGGAAUCGGGGGGGGGGGGGCUAGAUUUCCAAAAAAGCCAUGCUUCCACCAUCUUUUAUAGUUACCAUUUUUUAAAACUUAAUUUGUUUAAUGCAUACAACAAACAGAAACUUUAAAAUGAUAAUGAGUGGUUAUAGACGGAGUUGUGUAAAUGCAAUCACUGCUUCUGGCUGUUGUUUGUCAAGAAAUAUUUACACUACGAAGCUCCAUGUAAAACCAUGAAUUGUCAGUUUUAUUUCUCUGUUUGUGUGGAUAAAAUAAUUAAGGUGUUAAUUUCCAUCUACUUGCAGUUUUAAUGCUAAGCUAGGCUAAUUGCUUCCUGGCUCCAGCUCUAUACUUAUCCCACAGAUAUGACAGUGAUGUUGAUUUUCUCAUCACUCUCUUGGCAAGAAAGUGAAUAAGCACAUUUCCCUAAAUGUCAAACUAUUCCUUUGAAGAUGAUUCAAAUAUAAAGGCAUUCGAGCAGUGAGUCUCCACUGGUCUUUUGUGUGUAUGUAUGUAUUAUAAACUUAGAAAGGAAAUCUAUAAUUGUAUUGAUCUCUUGUAGAUCUGUAUGGGUCUUUAAUGGGUUACAUUUUAUGCUUUGCUCUACCAGUGUCAUCAGAAAGAAACUUUCCCUCCCACACCAGUGUUAUUGACCUAAAUGGCUGGAAAUUAAAAUGAGAAUUUAUGGUUUUUAUUUGUGCUGAGAAAAUGAAAAAGCAACAGUUGCAGCCACUGUAAAGAUCUCUCUGUAUGUGUUUAUGUAGCAUCUAUCCUGUAAUAGUUUUGUAUACAGUCAGAGCACAAAAGCAGAGGUCUCUCUUCAAGAAUUUAUCCUGCAUCUGUUCUGCAUUAGUCCUUACAGACAAUACUUUUUUUGUACAUGAAACAGUAGAACAAAAUCGAGUAUCUUGUACAGUGAAACCAGUUAUAUUUACCGCACUGUUCCUUGUGGCUGCCAUUGGUUGAAAACAGAGCAACAGUAGAUUUUUCCAAACAUUUCCUCUGGAGGACGGAGCCACAGGGCAGCAGCAGUUCAAGCUUAAAGUAUUAAAAAAUACUUCUACAUCUGCAUUUGACAUUCUUUUCUGUUGACACCAAACAGAAUCUUGUUUCCAUUUUAAUUUACUGUGACACACAAAGAACAUCAGAGACACAGGCAUUUUUGGAGUCGUGCAAUAACUCCGGGCUUUUGGUAAUAAUUAUCUGAAAAAAAAAAAAAAGAAAACGAAACACCCAAGAUUUUUUUUGGGAUUAAAACAAAGGACAUUCUCUCAGCAGUCAUAUAACGACAAAUUAAAAGCAGGAUUUUCCCAGAAGUGUCACUGUGAUGCUUCUAAAUCUGUCUGACAGGGAUCAUUUUUAUAUUGUCUAAGUGUAGAAAAUGGUUUUGUUUUUGUUUAUAUUUGAAAAAAAUGUGUGUUGGCUGUAAAUGGAUCUGUUCUGUUUUAUAAUAUAAUUUCACAAAAUAAACACUUCUGAGGUUGCA